GGCCUCACUAUGGGGUCUUAUCCUUUUUUCGUCAACUCAUCCCUUUGGGACGCAUCUAAAACCAUAUCAAACCAAGGAGGGAAGCUGAGAGCGGCAUACAAGUUGGGCGAGUCUUCAAGAAGAGAGAUAUGCAAACCAGUCAGAGAAAAGAAGAGAAUUUAUUCUCUCAUGGGUUUCUUCUUCUUCUUCUUUCUCUACUAUUAGCAUGCUGGUCGUCUCCAGUCCUUGCUCAGAUAGAUCAGUCACAAGUAUCAUUAAAAAAGAUUUUGCCUUUUUAAAGGGCAGUCUUUGUGCCCCAGUUCUUGUUGGUCUCAAGCUUUUGUUUCCUUUCGGUGCAGGAUUUAGAGCAAUUUUCAUCACGGAGUCUUGACCAAGAGCAAUCUGGUGUUCAUGAAGUUCAUUGCUCCAGGGAGAGAAGCCGAGCUGCAUGGAAAGUUAUAGAUGAGUAUUUGCUACCAUUCCUGGAACAAGAAAACUAUGAGCUCUUAAGAACAUGUAGACUUCAUCCAAGUAAUGACAUUUUCAGAGAACAGGAGGAACACAAGAUUCAUGUGGAUAUAAAUGAUUGGCGCUGUGGAUAUUGCAAAAAAGUUUUCCGAGCUGAAAAGUUUCUUGAUCAGCAUUUUGACAAUCGACAUUCUAAUCUUCUAAAUGUUAGUCAUAGCAAGUGCUUGGCAGAUCUGUGUGGAGCACUGCAUUGUGACUUUAUGGAAGAGUCAAAACCUCGGAAGACCAAAUGCAACCCUGCAGCUGCUGCAAGGAAUCAUCAUUUAUGCGAGGGUCUUGCAAACAGCUGUUUUCCAGUUCACCAGGGUCCAAAAUCAUCUCGUCUCCAUGAGUUAUUUCUGCGCCAGUUUUGUGAUGCCCAUUCUUGCUCGGGCAAGAAAAACCCUUUUCCUAAAGGAGGCAGGAAACAUACAAAUAGAUUCUAUUUGGCAGCUUCAAUUUUAACUUUGAUGCUUCUUCCUAUAUUCUACCUAAUCGUUUACCUUUCUCAAAGCCAAAUGAGAAGGGGAACUCAAAACUUUAGGAGGAUCACAAAAGUUGGGAAGAAGUCAAAGCCUUCAUAGUGGUUUGGCACAAAAUGAAACUACUUUUAGCAAGGAAUAUUACAGAGGAAGAACAAAUGGAAGGGGCAAAUUAGACUAUUGAGCAUCUCCAUGGCCCAAUGUGUUGAAGGUGCAUUCUUAGCAUGGAAUUUGAUGUAACAUUUCCACAAGCAACCAAAUAACAAAUUUUGUUUGAGAGAUUACAUUUUCUCUCUUGCACGUGUCAACUAGUGUGUGUUGUAAUAUUCAAAACAUUCCCAUUUAUGAUGUCAAAAAUAUAGAGUAUGGGCUACUUUGAGUACUUUCCUCUCAAGUUAUCCUUUUAUGUGUGUCGGAAAAUUGGAUUGUACUCCCUCAGUCCCAUAAUUUACUUCCAACUUUCCCAUUUCGUCUGUCCCCAAAAGAACUUCUUUUUCCCUUUUUGGCAAAGAAUUUGUGGUUCACAG